ACUCACAAGCCAUUGUUUCUUCUACAACCAGAACAGUACUAUAGACAUCUACUGUGUCCUGCUUUGAUUAACCAGUAGUAACCAACAUGGCCACCACAACACCAACAUUAGCCAAUGCACAGCGACUGAUAAAAGGUGACAGACUAAUGUUCUCGUCCUCCGAUGACAAUGUGAUGUCGAAGCAAAUUCAGGCAACCCAUGCUCCUGAUGACCGUGAGGUUGAUGUCAGGCCUCUUCUUCAUCUCAUUGAGGACAUAUUCAAACGUGCCACUCCAACCACUGAGGCCAUUGUUGUGCCGGGCAUUCAAUCACAUGCAGAAGCUUUGGAGAGCAAGACCAACCAAGCCAGCUCCAUUAAUGUGCCUGAAGCAUUGGCAUAUCUCAUUGAUCAACUUGCGUGUGAGCUCUCCUGCAAGUGUUCGGGUAGCGGGGAUGCACAUACAAUUGCAAUCUCAAUAUUGAAUAUGCUAACAAAUUAUUCAUGGGAUGCAAAACUGGUGCUAGUCUUGUCGGCCUGUGCAGUGAAUUUUGGGGAAUUCUGGCUUCUAGCCCAUAAUUGCACCACAAAUCAACUGGCCAAAUCAGUGGCAAUCCUUAGAAAAAUACCUGAACUAUUGGAGCGAACUAGCAUGCUGAAACCCCGGUUUGAUACGAUAAAUAACCUUGUAAAAGUGAUGGUAGGCAUUACCAAGUGCAUUGUGGAGUUUAGGGAGCUACCACCUCAGUACAUCACAACUGAAGUCACUGCACUUUCCACGGCCAUGACCCAUAUACCCGUUGCUGUCUAUUGGACCAUCAGAGGUGUCGUGGCUUGUGCAUCGCAGAUUGCCGGCCUUACGGGGUUUGAGCACAUAGUAUCAACUACAGAGUCUUGGGAGCUAUCUAGCUUGGCUCACAAGGUCGGCAACAUGCAAAGCCACCUAGCAACUCAAUUGUCUACAUGCUAUAAGCAUAUAGAUGAAAGAAAACAAAUGGAAGCUUAUCAGAACCUUCAUCAUUUGAUGGAAAUGAUCCAUAUUGACAACCUGAGGGUUCUCAAGGCAUUGAUUUAUCAAAAGGAUGACCUGCUGCCACUUUUUGAUGGAGUCACCAAAAGAAGGGUUAGCAUUGAUGUCCUAAGGCGAAAAUAUGUCUUACUGCUCAUAUCAGACGUAGACAUCUCGCAAGAAGAGGUUGCUAUUCUUGAACAGAUAAACAAUGACGCUCGGCAACAUGAAGUUGUGUGGCUCCCAAUCUUAGACUCAAAUGCCCCAUGGACUGAGAACAGGCAAAAGCAAUUUGACAGUCUGCAGGCUUCAAUGCCAUGGUACUGUGUGCAGCAUCCUUCCUUGAUCGAGCCGGCAGUGGUCAAGUACAUCAAGGAGGUUUGGAAUUUCAGGAAGAAGGCAAUUCUUGUGGUGAUAGACCCACAAGGACGAGUUUCAAGUCUAAAUGCACUCCACAUGAUGUGGAUUUGGGGAGGUACUGCUUUCCCUUUCACCAGUGCUAGAGAGGAAGCUCUAUGGAAGGAAGAGACUUGGAAACUUGAUUUGUUGGUGGAUAGCAUUGAUCCAUUGAUAAAUAAGUGGAUAUCAGAAGAAAAAUACAUAUGCUUGUAUGGAGGAGAGGAUAUGGAGUGGAUCCGAAAGUUUUCAAAUGCUGCUAUUGUUGUGGCACAAGCGACAGGCAUUUCCUUGGAGUUGGUUUAUGUGGGAAAGAGCAACCCAAAAGAGCGAGUCAGGAGAAACACUAUGGCCAUCAGCACAGAAAAACUCAGUUAUUGCUGGCAGGACAUAGCUCUGGUUUGGUUUUUUUGGGUUAGGAUAGAAAGUAUGUGGCAAUCCAAGAUGCAACUGGGCAGAACUGCAGAGACCGAUCCUAUAAUGCAGGAGAUCAUGUCAAUACUUAGCUUUGAUGCAAGCGAAGGUGGAUGGGCCUUGCUUAGCAGAGGAUCAGCUGAGAUGACCAAGGAAAAGGGGAGCACAUUCUUAACUUGCUUUUCUGAAUAUGAACAGUGGAAGGGUCAAGUACAGCAAAAGGGUCUUGUGGCAGCCAUUAAUGACCACCUUAAGAAGCUUCACUCUCCACAUCACUGCAGUCGCCUUGUGCUACCUGGGACUGCUGGGAGGAUACCAGAUAGAGUGGUAUGUGCAGAAUGUGGCCGAUCUAUGGAGAAGUUUGUCAUGUAUCAAUGCUGUGAUGAAUAAACAAGAACAUAUAGUACUGGUAUAUAUAUUAAGCAUUGAUGAUUUAUACGAAUAUGUUAUUACUAACAUGUUCCAAACAAAAUAGGUGUGGCUUGUGAGUAUGAAAAAAAUUGUAAUUGUUCAUACUAUGAAUUUCCUUCUUUGUUAAAAUUUGAAAUAUAAUAAGAAAUUA